AUGACAACCAGACAAAACGGUGAUAUCACAGAUAAUCACAACAACAAUUAYAACAACAGCGGCGACCAUGGUGGUGGUCGAUGUCGGAUUGAUAAAGAUGCCCUUGACAAACAAGUCCAAGAAAAGAAAAUACUUCGAGACCAAGAACAAGCAAAACAACAAGCGUAUUCAAAUAAGUUAUUACAAGACUGUUCUGUAUCGUUACAACUAGAUGAACAAAAUAAAAAAAAACAAAAGAAAAUAGAUCUUGAGAUUUUAGAGUUCAGGAAAAAAUAUCAAGCCCCUGAAACACGAAGGGAGUACGACAUAUACGACCCACUACAAUGUAGAAAAACUCAGCAAAAUCGCAUUGGUGACGAUGACCCAAGAAUUACAUUAUCAUCAGUUCAACGAUUUGAAGGCGAAGAGGGCAUGGCGAAAGAACAAAAAGCUGAACAAAUAAAACAGCAGCGUGUGUGGUUAGAAAUGCAAAUACGUGAAAAAAAUAAGACUCGAGAAGAGAAUAAAAACGUCGAACGUACGUGGCAAGAAACCGAACACUCGACAGUUCAGCGAGCAUUAGCACUUGCAUCGCUGGAAAAUGAGUGUAGAAAAAAAUUGAUAGAAGCAAAUUACCGAUACAACCAAGCUCUAGCGUCUGAGCAAAAAAUGAAUAAAAGUAUUAUGUUAGCCGAAAGCAACGAAGACAAAAUGGCAGAAGUGUACAACGCGAUCACAGGAGACUUUUUAACGGAAAAUCCCGAACUCGGAUUUAACAGUGCUUUAGGGCCAGGAAAAAUAUCAACGUCGAACUACAAAGGAUUAACGCCGGCCAUGAAACAAGCAAUWUACGACGAACAAGCUAAUCAAAGAGCAGAACUUAAGAAGCGAAAAGACGCAUACAAAAAACAAGAAAAAAAUUGGGCAGAACUUAUAAAUAAUCAGGCCAGAUUCAGCGUACUCAGUGAUCGAGAAAUGCAAAAGAAAAAGAGAAACUUGGAAGAUGGACUAAAAGAUUUCAACUUAGUUCUAGCUAACGAACAGAAAAAUAAACAAGAGUUUUUGAAUAAAAUKAUGUACAAAACUAAAGCUUCAGAUGAAUUUUUUGAUCAGUUUAAUAAAACCACUCGUUAA